AUCACCCACCCACAUCAACACAAUGCUCAGAAGAAAUACUCACCUCCUACGCAACAUCUCUUCUCGUCCUUCCACCUCCCUCCCCUCCCGCUACCGCUCCACCACUGCCUCCACCUCUAGAAAACCUCAACCUUCCGUCGCCGGGGAAAAGGGCAUCACCGUCGAAGGGAAAGCCCGUGUCCAAGAACACAUCCGUAGGAUCCAGAGUAGUGCUCCAAAAGCUGCUGCUCUGGCUGUCCGUCCCGAACCCGCACAACAUUUUCAGACUUCUCCGACCACAUUCCCCUCUCAAACACCGGCGUUUGAUGACCCUCUAGACUCGAAAAUCAAGGAUGGGCUCGAUUACUCCUUCAUCGGUCUCUCUGGGGGUCAGAUAUUCCACGAAAUGAUGCUUCGGCACGAUGUGAAAAAGGUCUUCGGAUAUCCCGGAGGAGCUAUCCUUCCCGUUUUCGAUGCCAUCUACAACUCACCCCAUUUCGAUUUCGUCUUACCUAGACAUGAACAAGGUGCUGGUCAUAUGGCAGAGGGAUAUGCUCGUGUCUCUGGAAAACCCGGUGUCGUUCUCGUCACUUCUGGCCCCGGAGCGACAAACGUCAUUACACCCAUGCAAGACGCCUUGUCGGACGGUGUUCCCAUGGUCGUGUUCUGCGGUCAGGUCGCUACCAAUCUUAUUGGCAGUGAUGCUUUCCAAGAAGCAGAUGUCGUUGGUAUCUCCCGCAGCUGUACCAAAUGGAAUGUUGUUGUCAAAGACAUUGCAGAGUUACCUAGGAGAAUCAACGAGGCUUUCAAAAUUGCCACAACGGGAAGACCUGGUCCUGUCCUUGUCGACUUACCGAAAGAUGUGACUGCUGCCAUACUCCGUGCUCCUAUUCCCUCCAAGUCGGUACAACCAGGUUCAGCACCUUAUCUCCCUUCCAAUCCACUCAACCCCGCCACUGUUCCUUCAAGACCUCAACCCGGUGAUGCCUCUAGCAUCGCCAGAGCAGCCAAGCUCAUCAAUGGCGCUAAAACUCCUAUCGUCUACGCAGGCAACGGAGUACUUUCCUCCCCACACGGACCCAAGCUGCUAAAAGAGCUUUCCGAUAUUGCCGGCAUUCCUGUCACGACGACACUUCAAGGGUUGGGGGCGUUCGAUGAGCGAGAUGAGAAGUCUUUACAUAUGCUGGGGAUGCACGGAAGUGCGUAUGCCAACAUUGCAAUGCAGGAGGCGGACGUGAUCAUAGCUUUGGGGGCGAGGUUUGAUGAUCGUGUGACCGGAAAAGUUGACACUUUCGCACCAGCCGCCAAGGCCGCUGCUCUGUUGAACCAGGGUGGUAUCAUUCACUUUGAGAUCCAACCCAAAAACAUCAACAAGAUCGUUGAGGCACACGUGCCCGUACUGGGAGAUGUCGUGGCUUCGCUUGCGGAACUCGUACCCCAGAUCGAGCAAAAGGACCGAAGCGCUUGGAUAGCCCGCUGCAAUGCUAACAAAGAGCGUCUUCCCUUUUCGUAUACCCCUAGUCAGCCGGGCGAGAAGCUGAAGCCUCAAGAGGUGGUCAAGGAGCUCAACAAACAGGCUGAGGCAUUGGGAAAGGAUAAGUUCGUCAUUUCAACCGGUGUCGGACAGCAUCAGAUGUGGGCUUGUCAGUAUUACCGAUGGACCGAGCCUCGAUCAUGGGUUUCUUCUGGUGGCUUGGGCACCAUGGGCUUCGGUCUCCCUUCCGCCAUCGGAGCCAAAGUCGCUGCUCCCAACAAAAUCGUUAUUGAUAUCGAUGGUGACGCAUCAUUCUCCAUGACAGCUAUGGAACUCGCCACGGCUCAUCAAUAUAACAUCGGCGUCAAGGUACUUUUAUUCAACAAUGAGUUCCAAGGUAUGGUGGAACAAUGGCAAGAUUUGUUCUACGAGAACCGAUAUUCCCACACGAGAAUGACCAACCCAAACUUCGUCAAGCUUUCCGAAGCCAUGGGCGCCAAGGCGAUGCGAUGCGGUAGUCUGCAAGAUCUGCCAGGGAUGAUGAAGGAGUUUUUGGAGUAUGAUAAUGAGAGACCCAUCGUGAUGGAGUGUUUGGUCAGUAGUGAGCAUGUGUAUCCUAUGGUACCUGCUGGCAAGGCUUUGCACGAGCAGAUUCUGCAUCCUUCGCUGAGGGAUAAACAAUGGGUGGAGUGAAGUGGAAGAAGUGUGAAAAUCGCCCAGGGAUGGGUUUUCCUGUGAUCAAGGGAUGUUUGUGUAAGGAUUGUAUGCAUGUCAAUAAGAUGAGUG